UCUCUUCGUUGCCAUCUUUGCUUUUGGGGUCUUCCCAGGAGGGCUUGCUUGGGCUCUAAGACAGCAAUUCCCGGACCUUCUGGCCUACCUGUUCUGGGCCUAGUCUUUGCUUUCACUGGUUCUCUGACUCACAGAGUUCUCGACAAGCUCUCUCAGAGCUUCAAGGCCGCACAGUUGAUGGCGUUCUCUAUUGGGCUCACUCGUUUUAUCAUUUCGAGCAACCCCGAGACAGCCAAAGAAAUUUUGAGUAGCUCUGCUUUUGCUGAUAGGUCUGUGAAAGAGUCUGCAUAUGAGCUUCUGUUCCACCGAGCAAUGGGUUUUAAUCCUUAUGGAGAGUACUGGAGGAACUUGAGAAGAAUUUCAGCCAAUCAUCUGUUCAGUCCUAAAAGAAUUGCUUCCUUCGGACAGUUUAGGAGAAUGAUUGGGAUCGAAAUGAUUAAAGAAAUCAUGGGUUCCAUGGAGAAAAAUGGUGAGGUUGAGGUGAAAAGGGUUUUGCACUUGGGGUCUUUGAACAAUGUAAUGAUGAGUGUUUUUGGUAAAUGCUAUGACUUCAGUGAAAAUGAAGAUGGCUCUGAGCUAGAGGGUUUGGUGAGUGAAGGGUAUAAGUUGCUGGGGAUAUUCAACUGGAGUGACCAUUUUCGUGUCAUGGGAUGGCUGGAUUUGCAAGGAGUGAGAACGAGGUGCAGAGAGUUGGUGGCUAGGGUGAAUGUUUUCGUGGAGAAGAUUAUAGCGGAGCAUAGGUUAAAGAGAACUGAGAAUGAAGGAGUUGUGGAUGAGAGCUCCGGUGAUUUUGUGGACGUCUUGCUUGAUUUGGAGAAAGAGAACAGGCUUAGUGACUCUGACAUGAUUGCAGUGCUAUGGGCUAUAGGGCUAGCAACUGUUCAGCUCUGGUUAGCCCAGCUGCUUCAGAACUUCAAAUGGGUUGCUUCUGAGAAUGGUGUGGACUUGUCUGAAUGCUUGAAGCUCUCCUUGGAGAUGAAACGCCUCUUGGUUUGCAAAACUGUUCCUAGGGUUUGUUGAAAGUUUGGUCAGCUGGUUUGGUCUCUUCCAUGAUUUUGAAAUAUGUUUGUUAGUGGGAGAUCAUAUAUAUGCUAUUACCUUUAGUUAUAUUUGUGUUCUGUUUGUUUGAAGAAAAUCUAUUAUUAAGGAACUUUUGGUAGCGUUGACCAGAAAGCUAUGGCGGUUCUGUAUAAGGGUUUUAUUAGGCUCAUGUAGACGUG